AUGGAUCCAUUAAUACCUCAUCGACGGACCCGCAUCGUUGACCUGGCUGUCAUGCCUCGCAAUGAGAUCAUUGAAAUAGCGAAAAAACAGGCAAAUAGUAUCCGUGAAAAAAGCAAUCGCAUUACUAUGUUGGAAGAGUUGGUUGAGCAACUUACUGGCCAGCCACCACCUGAAAGUGAAACUUUACAGCAGAACUCAAGUGAUAGUUCCAUGGGAUCAGUACAACCAUUGCCAUCUGAACCGCGUAGUGAAUUGAAAUUACAACAGGCCAUGGAAGAAGAACGCCUGGUGUACGCCACAGAGUUGAGUCGACAUGAGGGACACAUCCAGGAGCUGCAGCAGCAACUCACAGAAAAGACCCUAGAGCUCACUGAACUUCAGGAAAAGGUUCGGGUCUGGCGAGAAAAAGUAAUGAUAACUUCACAACAGGAUCAGAAGACUAUAGCAGAGUUACAGGAACAACUAGAAAAGUAUCGCGUUAGUAGUGGCGUGACUGGUACAUCGUUGCUCUCAGGAAUGAUUCCUCCCGAAGUACUUGAAUCUGCCGUACAGGAGAAACUUUCCGUUUGGAAGGAACGUGUAAAAGCCAAAAUGCAGGAAGACAUGGAUCGUAUUGAACAACUGGAAAAUGAGCUACAAUCUCUUAGGGCACCCAUGUUCACUCCAUCUACUACGGCAACGCAAACAAAUAUUAGUGAUAUAAAGGAGAAUGAAUUAAAAGAAACGCACAUGGAUCCUCAAAGUCGUUCCUCCCACAUUCAAGCCACCGAAGAAACAAUAGAAAAAGCAGUAGAAGAACGUGUGGCGAAAUGGAAGAAACGCGUACAAGAAACCAUUGAAGAAGACAGGCGAGUGAUUCGCCAACUUCAAGAACAGCUAGACGAGUUACGCUCAAAUUCACGUGAAUCCAACAUUUCUCUUGAGGCUCCGAGCGAAGUGGUAACAAAUAUAGGAAUUGCUGCAAUAUCACAAGUAAAUGAACUCCAAAAUCAAAUGUUGGCUAGUCAACAACAACAUAAAGUGGUUAUGCAAUCAUUGAGAGAAGAGGUGGAGCGACUGCAGGAACAGCUUGCUGCUGCACAGCGUGAACAUGAGGAGGCCGCUGCUGCACUGGAAGCCCAUCAGCUUGAUGCUGCGCAGUCGAGGGACGAGACCAUUGCCACUCUUUCACAGGAGGUG